GCAGCCCUCCGCUAUCGCUGUCAUCUGGCUGCGUUUGCUGUCACCACUCGACCGUGGGAUCCGCUCCCAGACCUUGCUCGUCUGUUGGAAGAAUGGCAACGGCCGUGAAACUGAACACUGGUGCUGUAAUGCCCAUUGUUGGACUUGGGACAUGGAAGUCUGAACCUGGUAAGGUUACCGAAGCAGUGAAAAUAGCCAUCGCAGCAGGUUACAGGCACAUCGAUGGAGCGUAUGUCUACCACAACGAGACAGAGGUGGGAGAUGGAGUUCACGCAAUGAUCAAGGACGGUGUGGUGAAGAGAGAGGAUAUUUUCAUGGUUAGCAAGGUGUGGUGCACUUUCCAUGAGAAGCCCCUGGUGAGGAAAGCCUGUGAGAAGACUCUCCGUGAUCUUAGACUGGACUACAUAGACCUCUAUCUGGUGCACUUUCCCAUGGGCUUCCAGGCUGGUGGUGAUGACUUCCCCUUGGACAGUGAAGGACUCGCGAUCAGUGACAAUACCCACUUCCUGGAGACAUGGGAGGCAAUGGAAGAGCUCGUGGAUGCCGGCUUGGCCAAAGCUAUCGGUAUCUCCAACUUCAACAAGGCACAAAUUGAAGCCAUUCUCAACAAGCCAGGCCUCAAGUACAAGCCUGCCAACAACCAGGUGGAGUGCCACCCAUACCUGACCCAGGAGAAGCUGAUUGACUUCUGCCACUCAAAGGGCAUCUCAGUGACGGCUUACAGCCCCCUGGGCUCCCCUGAUAGACCCUGGGCUAAACCAGGAGACCCAUCACUUCUGGAGGAUCCCAGCAUUAAGGCCAUCGCCGAAAAGCACAAGAAGACAGUUGCACAGGUCCUGAUCCGCUUCCACAUCCAGAGGAACGUAGCGGUGAUCCCCAAGUCCAUCACGCCUCAUCGCAUUCAGGAGAAUUUCCAAGUGUUUGACUUUCAACUGACUGAGGGGGAGAUGAAAACUAUAUUAGGAUUCAACAGGAACUGGAGGUCCUGCCCCAUGCAUUGGGGCACGAAGCACAAGGAUUAUCCAUUCAAUGCUGAAUUCUGAAAAGAAAACAUGCUGAUUUCCCACAGUUUUACAUGGGGAGCUGGAAUUUACUUUUCUAGCAUCUUGACUGAUGGCUUUCCUGUUCUUUAGAGCAGUUUGCACUAUUUUUAUGGCCUUGCAUCUGAUUUUUAUUUUCAUGUUAUAUUUCUCGGGGGAAAAAAACUUCUUUUGUUACUCGUCUUAUCACCAAACAGUUUUAAACGCACUCCAAAGACACACGCACUCCUAUUUACACUCAAGAUACCGAGUUUCUCCAUGAUGGAUGUGGGUAUUGCUCUAGUACAACUGAGUAUUGGCGUCCUUCACUUACAAGCUAUGAAACUGUUCUGUCAGUUUCUUAGAUUGCUUGAACACAAGAAUUUAAUUGCAUUGUCGUAGUGUAAAUUCUGCUGUUUUGAUUUGUUGUCAGUAUGACAUUAAGUUACUGAAGAUCAACAAUGCGUGCCAUAUACAGAGCAAAUUUUAUAUUUUUUAACAUGAACAAUAGCUCCGAGUUAGUUUUGAAAACAGAAGGAGCAAUUUACAAGAGCAAAGAAUUAAUAAGUGUUUAGAUGUGUACUGUUACAUGUAAGAGGAAAAAACUACCUACAUUGACUUCUCAUAGCCCGACUAACAGAUUAAAUCAGUAUUUAAGUCAAAAUGUAUUUUUGUAGCUCAAAUAUGAUACAUCGUGUGAGGUAUCAUUAUUCCAAACACUCCUCAUUUAAUUAAAUCCGUUCUUCUUCCUAAUUUCUAUUAUUUAGAGGAGAGUGUCCAUGUUUAUGACAAGCAAUUGUAAACAUCAAUGAAUAUUUAUUACCCUCCUGUAAGGCAGGAAAUUGAAUUUGGCAAGGAGACAAAGGCAGAACAGUCUCACGUGUGAGUCAGCAGAAAGAUCUUAGAUCAAAGUUAAUGUCAUAAAGUGGAAGGAGAGAGUGUGAGAGUUUAACCAAAAAAUAUUAGGUCAAACAGCUAAAACGUACUGUGGUGUAUAGUUGUAGUUUUAUUUGUUAGUUACAUGAUAGGAUUCAUAGUAAAGGUAAGUUUAUUCCAGCAAAUUUCUAAAAGGCAGUAAAGUAAAAGUGUUUCAACACAAGGAAAUAAAAACAUCAAGAAAUGCAGCAUAGGUUCAGAGUUUAGACAGUAUAAAUGUGCAAUGAAAAAGGGCUAAAAAAGAAUGAAUAAUGGACUGAAAUUAGGUUAAAUAUCAGCAGAUUUGCAGCCCUGUUUACUCUAACCUUUGAAUCAGAGUUUACCUUCUAAUCUCAUGUUUGCAAAUGCUGUAGCUUCCAUAAAAGGCCCAUAUUCCCAAAAAUAUUUAUACUACCUGUUUUGUAUAGUGCUGUAUGGUAUGAAUUUGCAAAUUUGGUCCUCGAACAACUGUCUUGAAAUUUUCUGUAAAAUCCUUCCAAACAUUUGUGCCUAACCAUCUUUGUAAACUUACUUUGCCACAAGUAACAAGCGACUGCUUAAGUAGCUACAUAGCAUUUUAUAGUGAUCACUCCCGUUUAUCCUAUGUAAACCUACAACCACUCUAAUAUAAUGAAAACUGGAUAAGCACAUUAGGCAGGUUAUUUUGGUAACAACAUGUAUAAUGUGAAUAAAAAGAGUGUAUGCAAAGCAGAAACUGCAGUUUACUGUCUGAUGAGUUAGUAUUCUGCAUUCAGGGGGAAGUCUUUGUGUUUUGAGGCCCUGUAGGUGAAAGAAGAAGGUUAAGAUGGUUUACCUGAUGACAAUGUAAUAUGUUUUUCCCCUUUCCCCGUCAUCUGCCUAUGUACUCACCAUUGUACAGGGAAUCCUCUCCAAUUCUUGUUCAAGCUCAGCAUGGUCUUCAUGUCUUCUUCAUUCAGCUCAAAGUCAGACAACUGAGAAGAGAAAGGAGAGCUAAGCAACUAUAAAGCACAUAAUCAGAAAUUCAAAAAUCUGGAACCUGUAGAUGGGAAUCAUCCUGUAUGAAAACAUUAGAUGAGCAGAACAGACUCAGCUUCUGAGGUUUUAAGAUUGACGUACCUGGAAAUUUUCCUUGAUUCGACUGGGUGUUACCGACUUUGCAAUGACAAUUACGUUCCUCUGGAUGUGGAACCUGAUGAGAACCUGGUAGGAAAACAGAUCACGAGUGCAAAAUAUUUUCUGAGUGUUAUUCAGGAAUCUUCCUGCAUCUUUGCGUGACCACAUUUUUGGUGAAUCACCAACCAUAAGAACAAUACUGUACUGUUUCUUUGGAGUUUUGUAACAAGCCUUUUGAUCCACCAUGUGACAGUGACUUGUUGACCUCUGUUAUUUAACUUUUGACAGUAAACAUUGCAUCAUUUUAGACAAAGCCGUUAUGGCCAGUUUGUGUGUCUCCUGACUGCACCUGCUGUCCGAAACACACAUCA